GCCCUUGGGAUUUUAUUGGGGGGUGGGGGACAGAGAGAGUAAAGUUCUUUGAUAUUUUCCAGAGAUGAGUCUUUCCAGGUUACCCAAGAAGGGCAAGGAAGAAGGCAGUGACUUUCUCAAAUACCCAGCUGUCAAGAUCUCUCCCCUUUGCCUCUGUGUGUAUGUGUUUAGUGUGUGUGUGUGUGUGUGUGUGUGUGUGUGUGUGUGUGGCGGGCAGUCUAGGAGUGAGGGGUUCAGACAGAUGACAGGCGCUGACCUCAAGGAGUACCCAGGUUUGUGGGGAGAAACUUACAUAAACAGACAGCUGUGUGCACUAGCUGUCAGUACAUGGAAGGAGCCAGAAGUUUAGUGCUAGCUGAAGGAUGAGCAGCAAUUAGCCAGUUCCCCACAUCCAGCCAGCAACUGUAGAGCCCUCCUUUGAGAAGGGAAGACUGAACCCCAGUGUGAAAGAACGAGGCAAUGGCGGCUUCCUGUGUCCUCCUGCACACUGGGCAGAAGAUGCCCCUUAUUGGACUGGGCACCUGGAAGAGCAAUCCUGGCCAGGUAAAAGCAGCUGUUAAGUAUGCCCUGAGCGUAGGCUACCGCCACAUUGAUUGUGCUGCUAUCUACGGCAAUGAGGCUGAGAUUGGGGAGGCCUUGAAGGAGACUGUGGGGCCCGGCAAGGCGAUGUCUCGGGAGGAGCUGUUUGUGACUUCCAAGCUGUGGAACACUAAGCACCACCCCAAGGAUGUGGAGCCUGCCCUCCGGAAGACACUGGCUGACCUCCAGCUGGAGUAUUUGGACCUGUACCUGAUACACUGGCCUUAUGCCUUUGAGCGGGGAGAUGACCCUUUCCCUAAGAAUGCUGAUGGGACUAUCCGCUAUGACUUCAUUGACUACAAGGAGACCUGGAAGGCUCUGGAGGCACUGGUGGCUAAGGGGCUGGUGCGGGCGCUGGGCCUGUCCAACUUCAGCAGUCGGCAGAUUGAUGAUCUUCUCAGUGUGGCCUCUGUGCGCCCAGCUGUCCUGCAGGUGGAAUGCCACCCAUACCUGGCUCAGCACGAGCUGGUUGCUCACUGCCAAGCACGCGGCCUGGAGGUGACUGCUUACAGCCCUCUGGGCUCCUCUGAUCGUGCUUGGCGUGAUCCUAACGAGCCUGUCCUGCUUGAGGAGCCAGUGGUCCUGGCACUGGCUGAAAAGUAUGGCCGGUCUCCAGCCCAGAUCUUGCUCAGGUGGCAGGUCCAACGAAAAGUGAUCUCCAUCCCUAAGAGUAUCACGCCUUCCCGUAUCCUUGAGAACAUCCAGGUUUUUGACUUCAGCUUUACUCCAGAAGAGAUGAAGCAGCUAGAUUCCCUGAAUAAAAAUUGGCGAUACAUCGUGCCCAUGCUUACAGUGGAUGGGAAGAGGGUCCCAAGAGAUGCAGGACACCCUCUGUACCCCUUUAAUGACCCGUACUGAAACCACAGCUUCCUUUCCAUCUCCAGCUGUGAGGUACUGCCACCCCCAGAAAGAUUUAAUAAAGCCAUUAAACAUCUA